AUGGCAUUUUCUAAAAAGUCUGUAAAAUUCUAUUCUGCAUUCCGUGAUUCCUAUAUAAUUCUAGCUUCUUUGAGAAUUAAAAAUGUUGUCGAUGAUGAAGUAGAGAAAGAAGCUGAUGUUCAGUAUGUCAUAGCAUCUAUCAAAUUGUUGAUUAUCGAUCAAGCUGAAAUGUUAAUAAUGAAAAAUCGGGCUACUGUACAAAAGAUUGUCUCUUCACUCAAUCAACGUCCAACUGUUCUUGUGUUAGCAUCAGCUGCACGUAUUCGAUUAUGUUACUUAGCUGGUUAUGGUAGACGUUAUCGUCAAACUCUACUAUUCUCUGCCGUAUCAUAUUUUUUGAUCACAUCAUUAUCAUGUGAAUGUGAAAAUUUUCAAGGCCUGAAUUAUAUACCGCCAUUAUCACAUUACCCUGAUUUGUAUCCAACAUUUUUACCCGAUUGA